CGCAUCGAUAAAUUAUUACGUGCCAUUCAACUCGAUAAAAUAGUCUAAAAAUACCGCUCACCACUAUUUUUAAACGUAUUGUUCGGGUUUGUUUAUCAAUAUUGUAGUAAUAGGCGAUGAUGCAAUAAUUUGUGAUUGAUUGAUCAUGUUUGCUUGUGUGCUGUGUAAACAGUGAGUUUGAUGUCGCUUGUUGGUGAAUCCUGUCGUCUGGCGGUCCUCUGCCUGGUGCUGUCGUGGUGCGCGCUGACGGCCGUCUCCGCGCCGGCGCCGCUUUGCGCGGGCGCAGUGGAGGAUGAUCCGCGCGCCGCUAGGUUCUGUCAGGCGCUCAACACCUUCCUUGAGUUGUACGCUGAGGCUGCUGGCGAACAGGUGCCGGAGUACCAGGCUCUAGUACGCGACUACCCACAACUCCUGGACACCGGAAUGAAGCGGCAAGAUGUUGUCCACUCCUUCCUUCGCUUCGGUCGUCGGCGCUGACGCGUCCCCUCCCCGCGCCCUCGCGUCACCAACAAAAUGCAACCGAAACGACGCGCCUAAACUAUUACGCGCACCAGUAGUAGGCCCCCUGUGACUACGCUUCGUUCCAUGUUUUUCUUUGUCCAAAACAUACUUUAAAGUUCCUUUUAGUUUAUAAGGGUAUCCGUACACUGCGAUUAAUGUUAUUGUAUUCUAAACCUCUCUCUCUCCCAAAUUUUAAAAUUAGGUAUGAAAUUGUACUUAUUGCUAAAAGUAUUAUAGAUUGUAAGAUAUAAAUAACAUUGUUGUCAACGUUUUGUGGCAUUGAUUUUUUUUAUAGUUGUAAGAAUAUUGUAAUGUUUUAAAUAAAUACAUAUUUAUGACAAGC